AUGCCGAAAAGUAUGGGGCCUUUUCCUGGUGCACAAGUCAGUGCUCUUCGGUACAUGGACAACUUCGAUGCCGAGGAUUUUGUGUUCGACUUUUCCGAUUUUGAAACCGGAGUUCGAGUAGACUCCGACGGCAAUGGUGGUUCAUCGCAGCCAGCUAAUAUUAACACCUUCCCAGUCGUGCAAGUGGCCAAUAUGGCACAAACUCGAUUCCGUAUUGCGCCGUGUGGUAUCAAUCUUCCCCACGUUCACCCACGUGGUACCGAGUCCGCCUACAUGAUUGAAGGCGAGCUGACAGUAGGUUUCGUUAUGGAAAGUGGACGAACCGUUAUCAACGAUAUCAAGGCCGAUCAGUCGACUUUCUUCCCUCAAGGCCUUUUGCACUACCAGCAGAACAUGGGCUGUGAACCCGCCGGAUUUAUCUCCAUAUUGGAUAGUUCUGACCCUGGACUGCUCGUGAUUGCAGCCGCCGUUGCGGGGUUGCCCGAGGAAGCAAUCGCAGCUGCGUUUGAUGAGGACGAGGCCUUCGUGGCACAAAUGCGCAUGGGCCUUCCAAAAGUCCCUGCUCGUGGCAGAGCAGAGUGCUUGGUUCGUUGUGGUCUUCCAUUAAACACCCCCCUAAACUAA